AUGAUGGGUGCGCAUAUUGAGAAGCCAGGAUCGCAAAGCUCUUUCGAACCUUCCCCCGCAGGGAGGAAUGAACUUGACCCAGAAAUGCGCUAUCCUAAUGCGCAAUAUGACGACCUCCAGGUCGAAUGCCCUCCCCACACCACACAAGCAAAGCUCAUCGCAAAGGUCGACCUCCGCGUCAUUCCGGUCUUGAGCAUCCUCUACUUUUUCGCCUUUCUUGACCGCACCAAUAUCGCCAACGCCGCUAUCUUUGGCCUCCAGGAUGAUCUCAAAUUGGGUGGCAACCAGUACAACACCGCUUUGACGAUUUUCUUCGUGCCCUACAUUGUCUUCGAAAUUCCAUCCAAUAUCAUCCUGAAGAGAUUGAAGCCGCACGUUUGGCUUUCAGGAUGCAUGUUCGUCUUCGGCCUCGUCACUGUGUGCCAGGGCCUCGUGAAAAAUUGGAGUGGACUGCUCGUAACCCGCUUCUUCUUGGGGUUGGCAGAGACCGGCAUGUUUCCUGGAUCUUUCUACCUCAUCGGCAUGUGGUAUAAGCGGUCGGAGGCGCAAAAGCGCUACUCAUUCUUCUUUGGCAGUACUAGCCUCGCAGGCGCCUUUGGAGGGUUGCUAGCUUCCGCCAUAGGGAAGAUGAACGGAAUGAGAGGCUAUCAUGGAUGGCGCUGGAUCUUCAUCCUGGAAGGUACACUGACGUGUCUUGUGGCCCUCGCCUUCUACUUUGUGAUACCAAGUUUUCCUGAGGACGCGAAUUGGUGCGUUAUUACGGCUUUAGUACUGAUUACAUGCACUAACCACGAUUUCAGGCUUACACACGAAGAGCGCCACUACAUUCGUGCCCGCCUCGAAACGGACCAAGGUAAAGUUGCCCUCGAGCGUCGCAUCAGCCCCCAUGACGUCCUCAACGUCUUCAAAGACUUCAAGGUCUUCUUCGGCGGCUUCAUGUAUCUUGGCCUCCUCGUGCCCGCCUACGGCUACGCUUUUUUCGCCCCCGGCAUCAUUCGCUCUUACGGCUACUCCCAGAUCCAGACUCAAUUGCAUUCCGUCCCACCGUGGGCCUGCUCCUUCGUCUUCGCAUUGAUAGUUGCCUAUUUCAGCGACCUGCUGAAGCACAGAUUUUUCUUUACAAUUUUCACCAUCGCCAUGAGCAUUGCCGGUUUCGCAAUCCUACUCUCCACGCACACCCAUAAACAUCUUGAAUACGGCGCGCUCUUCCUCGUGACAAUGGGAACCUAUUCCGCUCUUCCAGUCAUCGUAUGCUGGUUCAACAUGAACCUAGGUGGACAUCAUCGCCGCGCCGUGGGUACUGCUUGGCAGAUAGGUUUUGGCAACAUCAGCGGCAUUAUCGCAACGUAUGCGUUCCUGAUGAAGGAUGCCCCUGAAUAUAGACCAGGUUUCAGUAUUUGUAUUGGCUUUGCGUGUUUGAGUGGAUUAAGCUGCCUGCUUUAUGCAUUAAGUCUGCUGUAUCAGAAUCGGUGGAGGGCAAAGCAGGGGAAGGAUCUAGGGUUGGGGGAAAGCGAGAAGGCGGAGAUGGGCGAUCUGAGCCCGGACUAUCGUUAUCUACUGUGA